AGUGUUCCACACGGAACGAAUAGAGUGGCUACACAGACGAUCACAGAUCGUAAAACGCAGUUUUGUUGUUUUUCUUUAGUUGCUGUUUUGAAUACAGGAUAAGUGAAAGGACAAACGUAAAAUGAUAACAUUAAUUAAGUGGUACGAGAGUCUGUCAUAUAUCCUACUGCUACAAAUUUAGCCAAGAAUAGUAUCGUGUCACUGCUGUUGUACAGUAAGUUGCGCGUUUAGUAUGAUUAGCGUUGGUAUUUCUGGUAGAAUAAAUAAACGAUAGACAGAAACGUCAGAGAGAUACGUCAACAGCAGUUAAAGCUAAAACUUCCAUUUGAAGUAGAAGACAGAAAUGUGGGGAGAAAUCGAGCCGUGUAUCAAACCCCGGGAGGGUGCAAACAUGAGCAGCUGUGGGACGAGUCAGAGAUGGACAGACUCCGCACAUGUACAGAGAACAUUGUGGGGAGAAAUGGAGCCACGCUCUAUGCCUCACACAACUGACAUCUGCAGUGAACCCGCUGCUCAAAUCAGGUAUCCUCCUCCUGAGACGGAUGUCAAGGAGGCCCACAACACAACAAGCAGCUCUCCGAAUCAAAAGGAGGAGCCAUCCAGCUGCCUCAGCUCAAUGAUCGCUGCUGUAGCAGCCAGCGGGAGUCCAGUGAAAAGCCAGCAGCUGGGAGAGCCAGAUUUAACUCUGGAGGAGAAGAAGGAGCUUUUAAUGGAUCAGUACAAAUCAAAACCCUUGGUAUUUCUGGAGCGCUAUCAGGCCCAUCUGAAGCCAGAGCACAUGGAGGCUUUCUCACACCUGAGCAGUGAUUGCAGAGCACAGUAUUACUGCAAAGAGAUUCAGAGUCGGGCAUUGAGCACGGCCGACCGGAAACGGGUCCGUAACCAUCGUUAUGCAGCUCUCCGUGCUCUUCAGAAGGAGGGCCAGUACUUCAGCGAGGAGCAGAUGCGCGUGCGAGACCCGCUGCUGUACGAGCAGUACAUCGGACAGUACCUCAGUGAAGAGGAGAUCCUGCAGCGCUCGGAGGAGGCCAUGAGGAGCGGCCCGGGGGGACUCGCUGACCUGCUUAUCAACUCCUACCAGGAGAAACUGAUCCAGACCCGCCUGGAGGAGGAGCAGGAGAGAGAGCAGUGUGCGCUGGAGGAGUCCGAUGAGGAAGAAAGCGACGAGCCCAGGCAGACAGAGUGGGAGCCCAGUGCGGAAGAGAAGGCCAUGCUGAGAGAGGAGUUCCUCAGUCAGAUGCAUCAGCGCUUCCUGGAUGGCAAAGAUGACUUCAACUACAGUGAAGUGGAUGAGAAUCCAGAUUAUGAUAACCUUGAUAUUGUAAGUCAUGAUGCAGAGGAGCGCUACUUUGAUGAAGAUGAUGAUGAUGAGGAGGAGGAGGAGGAGGAAAACGAGGAUGUGGAAGAAGAAAAAGAAGAGGAUAUGAUGCAAUAGAUCUUAAUGUGUAGAAUGUUCUCAAAACAGAAAAAAUAACUAUGUACGUUUGUCGUAUUUCUACUGCUUGAUAUUUGUCAGUCUAGGUAAAUGUGUUUAUCAGCACUUUGUGCUCUGUAAUAAAAGAAUGCUAUUUUUCAAGGUGACGUUGUGGCCAUGUUUAAAGAAUUUUGAAAAAAGCAAUCAAGCCAUUCAAGUCUAACCUUUGAAGAUGUUUCAAAAGGCUUUUGCUGUUAGCGUUUUUAAAUCCAUGCAGUACUGUAUGUAAGAAUCAGAGUUUUUUAUAAUGGGCUGCUGACCUGACAGCAGUGUUCCAGACUCAUCUGUAGAACUAUGCAUGCAGUCUUUAGUAAUCCUAAUUAUCAGUCCCAUAAUAACUGAAAGACUACAAGGACUGUUUGCAGCAUUAGUAAUAAUAAACUUGAUAUACUGCAGUGAUUUACAUAAACUGUAAAUUGUGAUUUAUAAGUAAUGAUUAAAAGCGUAAUUUCUUAAUCUGAUACUAGAUUCCCAUACGCAUUAAAACUAUAUCUUUGGUAAUGUUGCUCGUCGGCUUCCUUCAGUACAGUUUAAAGAUGUGCUGAGCAUUUGUUAUAUGUAGCAGUUAUAUGUUCAAAUUAAAUACCUUACAGUAAAACCUGUAGACCAAA